UUCGGAAGUUUCUCAUGAGUCGCUCCACGCUCCUGCUUGCCUCGGUGCCAUGGAGCUUCUUUUUACUCAGCUGGCAGCCCGGGAGCAGCGGUGACGGUCUGUUGAUAUCGUUUACAGUAUACUUUCCUCGCCUCUUUCAUACAACUACCUGAAACUCCCCGUGCCUCAAAACAGUAUAAAUAAUUUUAAAGAAUGGACGCGCACGCAGGUUCGCAGGAGACAGAAAACUCCUUCCCAGCUGAAGAAGCAACAGAGCGACCCACCAGAAUGACAAGAAUCCAGACUCUCACCUUAAUAUCAAUGGCAUCUGUUAAUUUCAGUUCAAUGAUCUGCUAUUCUAUAUUAGGCCCCUUCUUCCCUAAUGAGGCCGUGAAGAAGGGAGCCAGUCAGACCGUGGUCGGUCUAAUAUUUGGCAGCUACGCUGUCUGCAAUUUAAUCGGGUCAAUGGUGAUGGGAAGAUAUAUUGUCCAGAUCGGGGCAAAGUUUAUGCUGAUUGCCGGACUGUUUGUGUCGUCAGUGUGCACCAUUAUGUUUGGAUUACUCGAUCGGGCUCCUGCAGGGGCCCCCUUCAUUAGCCUGUGCUUUAUAGUGAGGUCUGUGGACGCUGUGGGCUUCGCUGCUGCCAUGACCUCCACUUUUGCCAUGACGGCAAAAAUCUUCCCAAACAAUGUGGCGACUGUUUUGGGAAGUUUGGAGAUCUUCACUGGACUCGGGCUCAUUCUGGGACCGCCUGUCGGAGGCUGGUUCUACCACUCUUUUGGAUACGAAGUCCCCUUUAUGCUUCUUGGGUGUCUGCUUAUGAUCAUGGUUCCUUUCAACAUCUAUGUGCUGCCCUCCAUUGAGGCAGAACCAUCCAAAGACUCGUUCUUCCGACUGCUCCUCCAUGGAAAAGCCAUCCUGAUUUGCUUUGUGAUCGUUACGCUUAGUGCUGGGCUGGGCUUCAUUGAUGCCACCUUGUCGCUGUUUGCAAUGAAAACGUUUAAUCUCUCAUCUGGCUACGUGGGACUAAUCAUGAUCGGUUUGUCCUUACCAUACUGUCUGGCAUCCCCUCUGAUUGGUUAUUUCACAGAUAAAUAUCCUGGCACAAGGACCGGAUUCACAGUGACGGGAGGGGUCAUCACUGCUGUUUGUUUCUUCCUACUCGGCCCUGCGCCUUUCUUUCACAUCCAGAGUCAGCUGUGGCUGAUGGUCCUCAUGCUCGCCCUAAUUGGAUUUUCUCUGGGCAUGACUGCUAUCCCCACAUUCCCUGAGAUCAUCACAUGUGCACAUGAGCAGGGAUUUGAAGAAGGACUGAGCACCCUGGGAAUGGUGUCUGGCUUGUUCGGUGCGUUUUGGUCCACGGGGAUGUUUUACGGUCCUAUAGUGGGCGGCCUUAUCACUCAGCGCCUGAGCUUUGAAUGGGCUGCGACGGUGCAGGGUGCCAUGGGGCUCCUAGCUGCCUUACUUCUCCUGGCUUACUCUCUCUGUCAGAGAAGACAAAGGGUACGAGAAGAUGACCAACAGGGCGAAGAAAGCACGCCCCUCCUGAACGGAUGAAGGCCUCCGCUACCCACGAAAGGAAACGUCGGCGGUUUUAGUUGACACAAGGGAAAGCUUUUGUUGCUCCCGCAACAGACUUGUAAUGUUUUCAGAGUGUUUCCGUCUGGCGCUGCAGCCCAGCAGCAUCCAGGCGACACACGAUGCAUCUUUCCAAGGUGCUGAAUCAGAGGUGAAAUUCUGAUCAAAGAGUGGAGCUUUGGUUACACGCACACAAAUGUUUCAUCACGACCACAGCGUCCCCUUUUCUGGUACAGAGACCCUUCGGUGUUAGCGGCCUCGGCUUUCUGGGGCACAUGACUUGGAUUUCAUGCUGAAGUAAAGCUCGUCUGGAUCUAUUAACACAUUCCUGGGAAUAUUAAAGGAACGUACAGAUUAUCAGAGAGUUGUAUUUGAAAAGCUUGAUUGUACAGGUCCUAUGUGUAGUGAAUGAAAACUGUAGUAUAACAGGGCAUAAUAUGGAUCUCAUACUUAUGUUUGUUGUGACUUUUUCUUCUGAAUGAAUUAUCUUGGUGUCCGUUCCUGGCUAUUGAUUUUAUAUAGUCCGUACUAUUUUUACUGUCCAAAAUGGGAAUCUUUAAAUUGAAAUGAACAUC